CUACGUCUGAUCACAGACUCAGCGCCACUAAGGUCUUUCCUUUGAUCAUGUCUCCCUUCCUCACCAACUCAAAUUCCACUCGUCUUUGAUUACUUAGGGAACAAGUAAAAUAAAGCCUUGAGUUGAGCAUUAUACAGAAUACCUUAUUCCGGUUACCUAUUUCUGCUUGGGGUUUUUAUCGGCUCGACUUUGAUGGAUCCCGACGCCGAGAUCGCCUACGACUACUCCCCUUACCUUUACCUCUACAAGAGCGGCCGCGUCAAGCGCCUCAACCCUCCCGACCUCGUCCCCGCCUCCGCCACCGACUCCGUCGUCGUCUCCAGGGACGUCAUCGUUGACUCCACCACCGGCGUCUCCGCUCGCCUCUUCCUCCCCAACAACAUAAACGCCGAGACUAAGCUCCCUGUUCUCAUCUACCUCCACGGCGGCGGCUUCGUCAUUGGAUCUCCCUUCUCUUCCACCUACCAUGAUUUCGUUCACGCCCUCGUCGCCCACGCCCGCGUACUCGCCGUGUCCCUCGACUACCGCCUCGCCCCCGAGCACCCCCUUCCUGCCGCGUACGACGAUGCCCUGUCUGCCAUCCGCUGGGUCGCGUCCCACGCCGGAGGCAGUGGUCCGGAUUCCUGGCUCGCGGAACACGGCGAUCUCCGCCGGAUCUUCCUCGCAGGAGACAGCGCCGGUGCCAACAUCGCCCAUAAUGUCCUCCUCCAGAUCGGGGCUGGCGGAUUGGGCGGUGGCACCCGCGUUGAGGGCGUCGUUCUCAUCCACCCCUACUUCUGGGGCAAGCACCCGCUGGACGGCGAGAAAGCGAGCGUGGGGCUGCGGGAGUGGCUGGAGAGCUCAUGGGAAUUCGUGAGCGCCGGGGCGAUCGGGUUGGAGGACCCUCGUGCGGAUCCGUUGAAGGAGGCGGAAGAUCGGCUGAAGGCGAUGCCUUGCCGGCGGGCGCUUGUGGUGGUGGCGGAAAAUGACUUCUAUGCAGCUAUGGGACGGGCGUACUACGAGACGGUGCGGCGAAGCGGAUGGAGUGGGUCGGUGGAGCUGUACGUCACGAAGGGGGUGCAGCACGUGUUCCACCUGUGGACGCCGGAGUCGAGGAAGGCGGUGGAGAUGCGAAAAAAGAUCGCCGCCUUCUUCCAUGCCGACAAGCUGUUUUAGAAAUUUCCAUCAAAUAUUAUAAAACUUAAGGGUGGUUUUGUAAUGUUAUAAAAUAUUGAUAAAUUGCAUAUUAUGCUUGAGUCGAAGAUAAAUUAUAUGGCGGGGUGCAAAAGAGCCAAACUGAGCUUAUUUAUUUAUAUAAUUUUUAUUAUUAAAUGAAUAUUAAUAAAUUCUUAUCUAA